AAGUCUUUGCAUUUUCUAUCAGCAGAAUCAACUCAACAUUGGAAGUGUAGUCAGGAUUUUCAGUAAAAUCUAAUCUCGAUGCAGGCCCAUCACGCCAUGCCUGAUUUCCGGUGCCGGAAUAACUGUCAACAUAAGGAGUGCCAGCGCCAUGCGCCGCUAGGUAUCAUUGAUCAGCAUACGCAGUGCAAGUGCCUGGGCGAGGUGAAUGCCUCAUCGAUAUUCCUGGAGAACGUACUGGACUUGGCCAAUACAUUGGCACAGAUAAUGAUCAUAUGCGGAUUGCACGAGUGUAAGGCUAAGUCCACGGUAGACAUCAUAACGUAUGCAUUUCUGCAUUACGAUCAGGUAUGCUACUGCAUCGAUACCGUUCCCAAGAAGCGGCUGCGCAAAGAGGAUCUCUUCCACGAGCUGGGCAAAAAGUCACUGAUGAACAAGGUCGAGGCGCAUCUGGCAUACAACAUCAUCAAGCGCGGCUUCAAAGCCUUCUACUACGAGCCCAAGCAGGAGCUGACCUACGACGAGCAGGGCAGACCUAGCUAUAAUGACGAGUGCGUUUGGGUGCAUGCGUCGCGCAAGACCGCCGAGAGCUAUGCGCGUUUCGACGGCCUCUCUUGCAACGAGCAGAUGGCUUUUGAGGCCAAAAUCAAGAUUGCCUACAAAAAGUACUACGAUCGCAUGCAGACCCGCAAGCGCCAGCCAGAGGGUGAUGAUUGCAACUGUUGCUUCUGCGCCAAGAAGCGCGGACAUCUUGUUUAUGCCAAAGAACCGGUUCCAUGCAGCACCAAACGUAAGCCGAAGCAUAUAUGCCCUUACUGCUGCAAGAAGAAGCAGAAGCAGCAGUACACUCAUCCUGCUCGCCAGCCGGCCAAGUGUCCCAAGUGCCACAAGUCUCGCAAGUUCUGCUGCUGCACAAAGAUGGACUUCAAUCUGCAAUGGGUGAAGAGCAUUUGGGAGCGACCCGAUUUCAAUCAGUAUUACAAAAACGAGAUCGCCGAGAUCGAACAGCGUCUCAUCAAAGGUUCCUGCUGGCUGCCACCAGAGCCAAUCGCCACAGAGGGCGUCGAUGACGAAGAGGGCGAGGAGGAAAGUGAAGUUUCACCCGAAACCCAAUUGGCUCUUGGUGGCAAGAGCGUGGGACACCCGCCCAAAGAUGACGAGGAAGAGGAGGCACCAGCACCUGCAGCUUCAAAUGAAGGUGCCGCUGAGCCUGCACCCGAAACUAAAGAAGGGGAAGAGUAAUUGUCAAUGGAGUGUGAAACAUAUUAAUAGAUUUACCAAAUGGUAUUUUUUCGACAAGCUAUCCAAAUCAGUAAAAAUUCCAAGUUUAUUA